CUCAUAUCGCCAGAAUUUUGUCGGUAUGACAGAUUAUCUAACCUUCAAAAGUAGCAUCUUUAACGCUUAAUAACUCUUUUUACACUAUCGAGCGACGAUUUUUAUUUUUCAAACCCUUGUUUUUAUGGAAAAAGACAUCGAUUAAGUGUAUUUAUAUCAAAAUGUGCGGUACAAAUGUUUACACUAUGAUUAUCUCGUAUCGGAUGUACAGUGUACGAAACGCAUUCGAGGGAGAGAUUUGUUUUGCAACGACAAUAACAAUUAGCUGGCAGAUAUGAAAACCGAAGUGUCCUGGAAACGACGAUUUCUACGAAAGAAGCUCAAGUACAUGUUGAUAUGCGUCCUCGUAGUCGCUGUGAUAUUCGUGUUUUAUCAAUUAUUUUACUUCAAAGAACUGAAUCGGGAGAUCGUGGGCAAACUAAUCGCCGGCUCGUUACGAGAUAAUAAUCACGUGGUCGUCGGCAAGCAAACUUCCAAGUGGCAUCAACCGCAGCAUUCCAAGCUCAUACGUGACAAAAACGGUCGAACUGUGUCAUUGCGUGGUACGCGAGACCAAGACAUUGCCAAGUAUCUUCCCAAUGUUAACGGAAAAUUCGUAUGUUUUGCUUCGAAGAGGGAAAUCGAUUUUGUGAAAAUUAAUGAUGAUUAUUGUGACUGUCCGAUGGAUGGAAGCGAUGAACCAGGUACCAAUGCGUGCAAUAGUGGUGUCUUCAAUUGUGAGACCAAUUCUAAAAAAUCAGCAGCAAGAAUACCAUCGUAUAAGGUCAAUGAUGGAUAUUGUGAUUGUUGUGAUGGUUCUGAUGAAUGGGCUGAAGCAGCAUUAUUGUACGAGCUUAAAGGAUCAGGAAGUGUAAUUUUUCAUGGAGUUAAAUGCUUAAACAGAUGUUAGCAAGAACGAACUUUAGAAAGUGAACUAUAAUUCAGAUUGCAAAAAGGUACUGUUGUUUGUGGUAUGGACUUAUAUAUAUCGUGACAAAAGUUGUUACAAGUGUAAAUGAUAGGUAAAUUCUUAGAACAAUUCUUAUCUCAAAUUUAUAAAGCAUAUUUAUUUACUUUAUUUUAUUUUUUUUGUAUAUAAAACAAGAGUUGAAAAAGAUUAUUGCUUGACAUUGAAAAAAAACGGAAGUCAAGUUUUCCAUGGAAGCUAUUUUUGAACUUGAGUAAUGAUAUGUGUUGUUUGUUUAAUUAAAAACUCGAUUUAUCAUUUCUCCUUAACUUAAAAAGAUGACUAUUAAUAUACAUAGAAAUAUAGCUAUGAAUAACAAAAAAUCAGAUUUGAUAAAGUAUAUCUAAUUUAGAUAAAUCAACAAUACAAAUCUUUCAAAAAUUAGCACAUAAUAAAUUAUUUAUGAGAUAUGAAAAAGAGAUAGUAAAAGGAGAAGAGAUUUGUAAAAAAUGUUAACUCUUUUUAAAUAGGGCAUAUUUGUUUAUGUCAUAUCAAUUAUUUCAACAGAUAAUAUUUUCACAUGUUGAUUUGAAUAAAUUGCAGUUAUAUAGUUUUUCGAUCCAUUUAAUAUGGGCAUGGCAUUUGUUAAAAUGAACAUAAAACAAUUUGUUGAUUCAUGAUUUCAAUUAGAAAAA